AUGCCGGUUCCGCACCUCCGCCGUGCUUCCCAGGCUAGCAGGUCCUCCACAGAUGAUUCCCCUCCAAGUGGGGAGGAUGAGGUUAUUGAGCCUGAUCAGGGAAACAUUCUCAUGCAUAUCAUUUCUCAGCUUCGGCCCGGUGCAGAUCUGAGCCGUGUCGUCUUGCCGACAUUCAUUCUCGAGCCCAGGUCUAUGUUGGAGCGGAUCACCAACUUCAUGGCCCACCCAGAAACCCUCCUCCCUAUGUCCGCCAUUGAAGACCCCGUUGAGCGCUUUGUCUCUGUGGUCCGGUUCUAUCUGAGUGGAUGGCACAUCAAACCUGCAGGAGUGAAGAAGCCGCUCAACCCCAUUCUUGGAGAGACAUACACUUGUUACUGGGAUUAUCCCGACGGAACCCGCGCCUACUACAUCUCCGAGCAGACCUCCCACCACCCACCGAAGUCGAGCUAUUUCUUUGCAGCGCCGGAGCAUCAAAUCCGUAUUGAUGGAACACUCAAGCCCCACAGCAAGUUCUUGGGCAACUCCGCCGCCAGUGUUAUGGAGGGUAUCGCCAUUUUGCGGUUGAUGAACCACGGGGAUAAAGAAAAGGGUGAAAGAUAUAUCCUAACCCAACCCAAUAUGUAUGCGCGCGGCAUUCUUUUCGGAAAGAUGAAAUAUGAGCUUGGCGAUCACAGCUACGUGCGCUGUCCCGAGAACCACCUCGUGGCCGAUAUCGAGUUCAAGACCAAGGGAUAUUUCACCGGCAACUAUAAUUCAAUUGGAGGAACUAUCAAGAACGAAAAAACCGGAGAGGUGCUAUACGAACUGUCCGGAAUGUGGAAUGGGGAGAUGCACAUGAAGGAUGUUCAUACCCACAAAAAAGACCUCUUAUUCGAUGCGACACAUGCCAAGCAUACACCUCCUUUGGUCCGCCCUAUGGAGGAGCAAGGAGAGCGUGAAUCGCAGCGGCUAUGGUAUAAAACAGUUCAAGCUAUUGUGGCCCGCAACCAUGAAGCUGCAACGGACGAAAAGACUAAGAUCGAAGACCGCCAACGAGACGAGGCCGCGAAGCGUGCCGAGGAAGGAAUUGACUGGCAUCCUCGACUCUUCCGUCCCAUCCAAGGUGGCCCCGGUGGGCCGGAUGAGGGCGAGGAAGACCUCGACUGGAUCAUCAAUGCCCAAAUUGACAUGCACGAUCCCCAACUCGCCACCAAGCAGAUCCUCUCAAUCGCACCCAUCGUCCAAGGCCUCGAGACACAACCCGAUGCCACCCAAAGCACUAUGGAACAGACAGGUACUGAAACAUCAGAAGCGGCAGAGCUUGUAGACGCCCAGAAAACCUCAUAA